GGCAACCAUCCUGGAGCCCAAGCAGGGCACUCCUAUAAAUGUCAGGCCUGCCCCACUCACUCCAUUCCUCUCUGUGAAGCAGACGGCUCUCCUCCAGUCUGCUCUGUGACUGACCCAAGGUCAACUAACACAAUGGAAACCUGUUCAUUGAAAAGUUCCCUGAAGAUCUUUGUUGAUGUCUUCCACAAAUAUUCUAAGAUUUCUGGAAACCUAGAUGCCCUGAACAGGAGGGAAAUGAAGCAGCUGUUGAACAAGGAGAUGCCACAUUUCAUCAAGAACUCCAAGGAUCUGAAGGAUGUCCAAAGUCUCUUUGAAGAACUGGACACAAAUCUAGAUUCUGAUAUUGACUUCAAGGAGUUCGCUGUGAUGAUAGCACGUGUGGUCAUGGAAACCCAUGAAAAGAUGCAUGAAAAUGCACCUCCCGGGAAGCACCACGGGCCUGGCCUUGAAGGGCCUCACUGAUGAGAGGCAAAAUCUCCCUCUCCUUCGCACUCAUCUUUCCCUCCCCUGCACGUAGCCCUCCCCCAACAAUGAAGUGUUUCGACUCCAUAGAGCCAAAAGAAGGAGGGCAAAAAAUAAUAGGGAAGGGGGUGCUGGGGUCCUGAUGACAAUUGGGGACAAUAAAGUUUUUCUUU